AUGAGGACAUCUAGACCCUGCGCCCUCCUGCUGCCGCUGCUGCUGGUAGCCUUGGCCCUGACCCAGAACGGUGCGGGCUCACACUGGCUGCAGCUUUUCGACACCUUGGUUUACGCACCGAACACCUGGGAGCCCCGGUUCGUCCAUGUCUGCUAUGUGGACACCACACAGGUCAUGGGAUUCGACAGCAACUCAGCCACUGCCAAGAUGCAACCUCGGGCUCCUUGGAUGGAGCAGGAGCCGCCUGAGUAUUGGGAGGCAGAAACACAGGAUGUCCUGUACAGUUCACAGGAUGAUCGAAAGUUACUUGAGGUCCUGAUGAACUACUACAAACACAAGAAGAACGACUACCCCACUCUACAGAAGGUGCUCGGCUGCAAUGUGGAAAAUAACGGGAGCUUCCUUCGCGGUCACUAUCGGUUCACCUACUAUGGUCACGAUUACAUCACCCUGAACGAGGACCUGAGCUCUUGGACUGCAGAGGGCAAGGUAGGGCAGAUCAUUAGGCUCAGCUGGGAGACAGACCGAACGGCGGAGAGCUGGAGGACUUACCUGCAGGGGAAGUGUGUGGAAACGCUUCGUAGACACCUGGACUUGGGGAAGGAGACAUUGCUGCGCUCUGACCCUCCCCAAAUGUAUGUGGCCCAUCAAGUGAGGCCUGGAGGGAAUGUCACCCUGAGAUGCCUGGCCCUGAACUUCUACCCUGCUGAGAUCACCCUGAGCUGGCGGAAGGAUGGAAACAACCAGACCCAGGACAUGGAGCUGGGAGACACCAGGCCUGCAGGGGAUGGAACCUUCCAGAAGUGGGCAGCUGUGGUGGUUCCUUCUGGAGAGGAGCAGCGAUACACGUGCCAUGUGAAUCACGAGGGGCUGCCUGAGCCCCGCAUUCUGAGAUGGGAGCCUCCUCAGCCAACCACCUUGCUGAUUCUUAUUGGCCUGCUUCUUGGAGCUUUGGUUAUAGGAACUGCAGCGAUUUUUCUGAUAUGGAAGCAGUGA